ACAAAGCAUUAUUAUUAUCCACAUCUCAAAUACAUAAAACUCUCUCUCUCUCUCUCUCUCUCUAUAUAUAUAUACAAACCCCUUAAUCUCUCUCUCUCAAUUGCAAUUACAAUCCAAAUCCAAUGGAAACAAUCUCAAUUUUCACCCCCAAUUUCUCAAUCCACCCUCCCCCGCCGCCGCGUCCGGCCGGUCUCGGGCCAGCCAGACUGCAGUAUCGCUCGUUCGGACCGUCUUUCAGGCCGCCGGCAGGCCCCGGACUCCCCGAACGGAGGAGACGUCUGGCUGCAGCUCAUUUCGCCUUCAGAAGAGAGCCCCAUGGAUCGGACUUCGGCGGCGGUGGGUUCGUGGACGAGAACAUGAUCGUGCUGCGGAAGAGGAUCAACGACAUGGAGAUGGCGGAGCGGAACUACGAGCCCCCCGCGGAGUGGACCGAGUGGGAGAAAGGGUACUACACGAGCUACGGCGCGCACGUGUGCGAGUUCGCGGGCCUGCUGCAGGCCCUCUUGUUGAGCACCAGGCCUGGUUUGGGGCUGGGGAUGCUGGGGCUCGUCGUGCUGAGUGUGCCGAUCGCGGCGGUCACGGCAGUCUGCCAUUUGAUCGAGAUAUCGCAGCUGAUCCUUUCCAAAGUGCAGUAAAUUGAUCGAAAAUCUCAUACGUAGAUUAUAUAUGCGUCAAUUUGUUCAUUUGUUCUUUUUUUCUUUUUUUUUUUUGGGGUUGGUAGAAUCAAGUUGUGAGUGUUGUACAAAAGAAUGUGUAAUUAGGCAUAAGUAAUAAAUUAAAAGCUUUUCGAGUUUAUUAA